UCUGUGUUCCAGGUGAUUGAAUUAGUUCAGAAGUAUGGUCCAAAGCGCUGGUCUCUGAUCGCGAAACACCUGAAAGGAAGAAUAGGCAAGCAAUGCAGAGAGAGAUGGCAUAACCAUCUCAAUCCUGAGGUAAAAAAGUCUUCAUGGACAGAAGAGGAGGACAGAAUAAUCUAUGAAGCUCACAAGCGUUUGGGAAACCGAUGGGCUGAAAUAGCAAAACUUCUUCCUGGAAGGACUGAUAAUUCGAUUAAAAAUCACUGGAAUUCAACUAUGCGAAGAAAGGUGGAACAGGAAGGGUAUUUACAAGAUGGUAUGAAGUCUGAAAGAACUAGUUCAUCUUCAUCUGAACUUCAGCCUCAACCUUGUCUGACUGUGGAACACUUGCACACUCAGAAUCAAUUUUACAUACCUGUUCAGACACAUAUUCCAGCAUACCAGUAUGCCUCACCAGAAAGCAGCUGUCUAGAACAUGCUUCAGCUUCUUCCAACUUAGUUCAGCAGUCAUUUGUUGAUGAUGAUCCUGAUAAAGAAAAGAAAAUAAAGGAACUUGAAUUGCUACUUAUGUCAGCAGAGAAUGAAAUCAGAAGAAAACGAGUGUCUUCUCAAGUUGGAGACUUACCUGGUUGGUCUGGAAGUUUUGUCAUGGAAGAUUGUGUGUCUAAUACACUAAAUACCCUUGGGGAACAAACAAGUGAUUUCUACAGCAUGGAUGAGACCCAAGGCACAUCUGUUCAGCAGAAUUCACCACCUAAGUAUUUGGCUGUGGAAGCAAAUACAAUGUUAUCAUCUCUACAAACCAUUCCAGAAUUUGCAGAGACACUAGAGCUUAUUGAAUCUGAUCCUGUAGUGUGGAGUGAUGUCACCAGUUUUGAGCUUUCAGAGACUGUUGAAUCUCCUGUCAAGCCAGCUCCAGUAAAACUAAUGAGGGUCCAACACAAUGAAGGGGCUUCUGAGUGCCAGUAUAAUGUCAGCGUUGUGCUUGAUGACAAAAAACACAGUAGUCUCAGUGGUGAGGAAGAAGCAGCUUUUCUAACAACCCCACACUUAACUAAGUUCAGCACUCCACCUGCUAUCCUAAGAAAGAAAAAGAGAUUGCGUGUUGGGCAAUCAGCAGUUAAUGAACUGAAUGAUGGCUUGUGUAGUGAUGCCGUCAGUGAUGCCGUCAGUGUUGCACUAAAGCACACACCAGUGAAAACACUACCAUUUUCUCCAUCACAGUUUUUCAACACUUGCUCUGGAAAUGAACAAUUUAACCUUGAAAAUCCUGCAUUUACAUCGACUCCGAUCUGUGGACAGAGAGUUCUUAUUACGACUCCUCUACACAAGGAAAUGACACCAAAGGAUCAAAAGGAAAAUGUGGGUUUUAGAACUCCCACCAUUAGAAGAUCUCUUUUGGGUUCAACACCACGGACACCAACUCCUUUUAAAAAUGCUUUGGCUGCUCAGGAAAAAAAGUAUGGUCCCCUCAAACUUACGUCACAACCACUUGCCUUCUUGGAAGAAGAUAUUAGGGAAGUUUUGAAAGAGGAAACUGGAACAGAUAUAUUUCUCAAGGAGGAAGAUGACACUGUGUAUAAAAGCUGCAAGCAGGAGCACAACUCUUCUAAAAAAGUCAGAAAAUCACUGGUCCUAGAUCCAUGGGAAAAAGAAGAGGUUGGUGCCCAGCCCUUCACAGAAGAUAAGAAUUUAGAUGUACAGUCAGAAAAUGCAUAUACCACAUCUUUAUUAAUGAUAUCAUUGUUGGAAAUACAUGACAACAGAUGUAACCUGACAUCAGAAAAACAGGAUACAAAUCCAUCCAAAAAUGCAGUAAUUAAGAAGAAACUGAAUACAUGUGCUUCAAAAAAUGUCAAAAUGGAGAAAGUUCUUCAGUCAAAUUGUGAAUGGGAAGCAGUUGUUUAUGGAAAAACAGAAGACCAGCUUAUCAUGACUGAACAAGCAAGAAGAUAUCUGAGCACAUACACGGCUACCAGCAGCACUUCAAGGGCUCUGAUACUGUGA